CCCCCUUCCUUCUACCCACGUCUGUGGUCAAUUAAGUAGGGUGCCAGCGGGAGACCCAACAUAUUACUUUUCAAUUAAUAAAGCACAAUGGUUGUAGGAGAUCUGAAAACGACAGACGGUGUGAAAUCCCUGGACGCAUACCUUGCAGACAGAAGCUAUGUCGACGGGUUUCAACCAACACAGGCAGAUGUGUGCGUAUUCGAAACGUUAGGAAAGCCUCCAUCAGCUGAUACACCUCAUGCAUUGCGUUGGUACAAUCAUAUUAAAUCAUAUGGAGCUGACAGCAAGAAAUUUCCAGGUGAAAAGAAACCACCGGCGGCUUUUGCUGGAGCAGUAACGAAUGGCAGUGCGCCAUCCGGAGACAAAAAAGACGAUGACGACGACGUGGAUCUGUUCGGCUCAGACGAUGAGGAGGAUGCUGAGGCAGAAAAGAUUAGGGAAGAAAGGUUAAAGGCCUAUGCAGAAAAGAAAGCAAAGAAGCCAGCACUUAUUGCAAAAUCAAGUAUUGUUCUUGAUGUGAAACCAUGGGAUGAUGAAACUGAUAUGAAAGAAAUGGAAAACAAAGUUAGAAGUAUUACAAUGGAUGGUCUUGUAUGGGGUGCAUCCAAACUGGUUCCUGUUGGUUAUGGAAUUAACAAGCUGCAGAUCAUGUGUGUUGUCGAAGAUGAAAAAGUUUCUGUGGAUUUGCUUGUGGAAGAGAUACAGAAUUUUGAAGACCAUGUGCAAUCUGUAGAUAUUGCAGCAUUUAAUAAAAUUUAAUUUUGGUAUUAAUAAGAUUAUUUUUGUGUAAAAAAAAAAUAAAAUUUGAAAACGAA